AUGCAGCAGGAAAACCCCGAAUUCGCCGGCCAAAUUGCUGACAAAGCCGUGUCGUCAUCGCAGGCGGCAGUCUAUCUGCUCGACCCAUUGAACGCUCCAGAACCCUCGCAGGAAACUGGCCUGGGCUCACAUCUCGGCAACACUUUCGACAAAAAGUCCCCCACUGCUACCACCACCUCGCUCAGGUCGCCGAGCCGCGUUUCUGCAUCCCGCAACUCAUUGGGCUCCAACAAUCCCUUCCGCGACGGUGCUUCUCAUGCAGACGACGAAUCGAUUCUAGAUCAAGUCAUCCCAGAGGAAGGUGCGCGCCACCACCGACGCACGAGCUCCCUGAGCGCGCGCUACCCGGGCGACGACAGCCACAAACCCCUCGACAUCAUCCGCCGCGACAGCCAACGUGCCCAUCGCGCCCCUCACCUCAAGAAGCGCCACAUCCCGGGAGCCGACAUCAUCGAUCGUCUGGAUCCUGCCAUCGGAGGCAGGGCAUACCACCAUGAAGGCCCCUACGACGCCGCACUGCUGGCGAGGAACACCAGUUUCGAGAGCUCGCCCGUGGCUGCUCUGGAGACGACCAACGCGGAAGCACUCAAGGCGACGCCUGCAGAGAACAUCAAAGACGCGGUGGAGAGACACAUGCCGCUGGACGGGGUAGCGAUCGUCCCACCCGGCGUACCAGACCGUUUCGGACGGACCUACGAAUAUGAGGAGGGCGCCGACCUCCUCCGGGAGAACGGCGGCGACGGACCGGGAUACAAACGUUGGGCAGAUAAGGACUACCACCCGGAAGAUCUCAAAGGCCGCUCCGAACCCACCUUCAGCCUGGACCGCGCCCUGAAGACCCACCGGCUCACCGACUCUGGCAUCGAACUGCAAGACCACGCCCAAAUCUCGCGGGACUACAACCGCGCCUCGCGCGCCGGCACCCUCGACGCCCGCGACCCGGUCGAAAUCGCUGGGGGGGAAGCCGCGUAUGCUGCGCUCCACAGCUCCGGCUCCCCGCCGCGCAGUCCCAACUCGAAUUCGGACGCCGUGCGGCGCACGGGGAGUCUGCGUGCGGCCGGCGAGAGCCUCAAGAGGAGGAUCGGCAGUCUGAGGAGGAGGAAGGAGCAUGAGGCGUGA